AUGGCCAAAGAAAUAAUACAAUUUUUCGUAGCAGCGAAUUUGGUCACCUUUGUUUUAGGUCAUGGCAUGAUGCUUGAUCCCCCCAGCCGAAACUCCGCUUGGAGAUAUUUUUCAAACCGUCCAAAGCAGUAUACGGAUAACGAAUUGAAUUGUGGGGGAUUCAGCGCACAAUGGGACAAACAUGGUGGUAAAUGCGGCGUUUGCGGCGACGAAUAUAACAUAGCAAACCCUAAGUACGUCUAUCCAGGCUUAUUCGCUCAAGAUGGUUUUAUCACCAAAACUUAUAAGAAAGGAGAAACAAUUCAGAUCACAGUAAAGAUCACUUCCAAUCAUCAGGGAUUCUUUCGUUUCACCGUGGGUAAGCUGGAGAGACGGCCAAUCACCCAAGAACAGCUAACUCACGUCUUGUUGCAACCCGAUGGUUCGAACACGUGGCAGCUGCACUCAUCCGCAAAUGGAAACUACCACAUCAAACUCGUGCUGCCCAAAAGCCUGACAUGUGAUCACUGCGUGCUUCAGUGGUGGUGGACAGUGGGAAACAACUGGGGCUGCAAUGAAGAAGGAAAUUGUGGAGUUGGUUUGGGAAAGAAACAAGAAACAUUUGUCAACUGUGCCGAUAUCAAGAUAACACCAGAGGGAGGGGCUAGUGGUACAGAUGCACCCCUAACAGAACAACCCUCUACUCAGGCGCCUUUGACAGGGUCUACACCUAGUUCCAAACCCCCCAAAACACAGAAACCCUCCACUGGAUGUAAGGCGACGGGGCCCUGGACCGGACAAGCUGCUAUGGACAAGUGGUGCGUUCAGAACUGUGCAUUAGGCAAUUGCCCCUCAAGCCACUGCCAGUGUUAAGCAUGCAAUCCGUUUCUUUUUACGAGUGAAUUAUGCGUGUGAAUUAAUUUUGUACUGGAGAGUCGGUCAAACUUAAGAAAAAGUUAUCAGCAAGCUAGAAUUAGUACGAAUCUAACUCAAAAUAUAUGUUAUUCAGAAUCGUGCCGACUAAGAAUACUCCUCUUUCAUAGGAAAAGCAUUUCUUGUCGGCUUAGCUUUACACUGUUCAAUAGUCUGUCUAAGGUUGACAUACCACUUCUAGUGUCUUGUGAGGUGGGGCAUACGAUGACCAAACAAGCCUAUAGACGUACAGAUUGAUGAAUGGUUGUAUGAAUGAUUGGAUGGAAAAAUGAAUAAAUGAACUAUCUAUCAAUUAAUCAAUCACCAUGGAAAGAAAAAACCUAAUAUUGCUCUCAUUUAUAGCUCUAUGUCUACGAAAAUGUCGUGUAAAUCUCAAAAUAAUUCCUAACCUCGAACAGAUUUUGAAAAAUUAGCCCAUAUCUGAAAACUCAAGAGACAUUUUCAACAUUAAUGGCCACAUGUGACGUAGUACAACUGUAAAAAAUUCCUUAAAACAAUAAGAAAGUUCUCCGUGGUAGGUGAGUGAUUCCUGUAACAAAGUGUUUACACGGCAGGUAGUGUUUCCCUGGUUCUAGGGUAAUCCUGUUAGGGGCGUAGCCAGCCACUGUUUCCUUGUAAGCCGGAGUUGUAUAAGCCCUACGGGAGAUGGGGGCUGGGGGGGAAGUAAAUUAAACAAUCAUUCAGGUGGAUGGGUUUGUUCGAAGGUGCUUUUUCACUUGGAUCAAUGCAGAAAAAGAGUAGUUCAACAUAGCAUUAAAUUAAAGUUUUUCGGUAGGAGCUACUUGGCUACUUAAUAUUUGAAAGUGGUUUGCCAAUUUUUUAAAGUCAGACCCCAGCACAGCCUAACAACAAAACAAAAACAAACAAGGAGAAAGCGGUUUACUAGCUGUUAUUUAGAGCUGAGACCUUCCGAAAGUACGAGUUUUUAAACUCAUGAUUCUAGCGGGUACUCAAAGUAAACAAAGUGGAGCCGCUCGAGCUCUGCAACGUAUCUACUUGAAAAACCCAAGAUGGGGUUCCACGACGGAUUUUUCUAGUGAAUUAUGUGCCAAUAUUGCACGCCAAUCACUGAGAAAGACAUUGGUGCCCGUAUUAAAUGCACUUCUUAUCUUGUUAACAUGCGAUUACUUGAGCUCAUUUCAACCCACAUUUUUGUUAAGACGGGGCUUAAUGGCAACUACACCCCUGCCUGUAGCGCUAAAGGUUCAGCCCUUGCGCCACGGUUACCCUUAUCGGUCUUGUAAACACGUCGCAUAAAAUAAGAAGAAAUGUGCGAGUAUUUGGGUAACCGUCUUGCUUGGGUAAACCUUAAAUUAUUCCAAUUAUGCAAUCCAUUCCCGAUAAAUAAAGUAGUUUUUAUUUUGUAAUGGAAAAAAAUACCUAAAGUAUAUCUUUUAAGACUAGUAUGACAACACAUGACUAGGGACAGUUUUAGAGAGGUUGACAAUAAAAAAUAUAUCGUUGGGAUCUCAGUAAAGGUGACCGCGACCACUUAAUACAGGUGACCGCAUGUCAGUAUUGUAGUAAUCAAGAGAAUGCUUAAAAUACAUAAACUCAAAAGUGGGUUGAAUUUGAUCGUCCGGGUAAACGUAGUCCUGAAUAGGACUGUUGAAAUGACUCCCGGGUUCAAACCUUUCACAAUAAAUAACCCGUUGGGACUUCGGUAAAGGUGACCGCAUGUCAGUAUUGUCAGUAUUAUAGUAAUCAAGAGAAUGAUUGACCAUAAACUCGGUAAAGGUGACCGCGAACACUCAAAAGAGCAAUGCCAUGCAAUUUGUUAUCUUUUCAAAAAGCUUAAGCCGAAAAUAGUGGUCUAUUAUUGUUAUUCAAGACCAUAUUUAUAGGUAUUUCGUGUCUUCUGUUGCAACAGAUAGCAAGGAUGGACAUUGACUGAAACUUGAAAAAGUUGGGUCAACUUUGUUGAGUUUUUAUGCUGAGUGCUCCCUGCUGGUGAAAUUUGUUUGAUAUCUUCUUCAUAACUCGAUCUACAGGAGCAGUUUGUGUAUGGGGCAUGCAUAGAGGAUAUUACACGGUGGCGCGAAGAUAUGAAUUUUAUUUUCGAGUGGCAAAACAACAUUUUACGAACGAGCGCAGCGAGUGAGUAAAAUAUUGUUUUGGCCACGAGAAAAUAAAAUUCAUAUCUUCAAGCCGCCGUGUAAUGUUCUUUUUAUUAUAUACAGGUUGUCCCAAAAGUUCGUUCCUCUACUUUGUAAGUACUCGUGAAACAAAUUAUUUAUGCACAAGUUGUUUAUUUCAGUCUGAUUAAGUACCAUUUAUUUAUUGCGCCAUCUUUUUAUCGGAAAAUUCAAUUUUUGCAUUUUCUCGCCAAAGGUGUGCACGCGCGUUUAUAUUUUCCCGCCAAAUAUUUGUCGUAUUUUGUGUCCUGAAUUGCUAACAAUCUUUCCUCGGUUUUGUGAAUAUCAUGAAAGGUGCACCCUGUCAAUGCUAAAAUACUCAGCUACUUGAGAGCCCAAGCGUUUAUACUCAGAUCAACUGGCUUGUCAGUUAAGUAAAUUUCCAAAAAGCUGCAAAAAUCUGAACGUUGGGUAGUGAAAUGGUCCUCAAGAAAAGAACGGGAAGACCGAAAAUCCUUAAUGAGGCAGCAAAAAGAAUUCUGAACAAAGCUAAGUACAAAAGAGGAAACUCGACCAUACAGCUCAGCUUUCACGACAAUUAGCAAGCAAAGGCCAUGUUGGGGGAAAAAACACUAUCUUGAGGUUUAUAAAAAACGAAGGUUGGAGACCGCUGAGAAGGCGAAAGAAACCUCUGCUCACAGCCAAGCAGCGUGCAGCUCGACUGAAAUUUGCUAAGCAGUACAAAAACCUCACUGCGGAAGAAUGGGAUGAUUUUCUUUUUGCGGACGAAUGUCCCCAAUAUUUGUUUCAGCUGCCCAAUCCAAAAUUUGAUAUUGUUUGGGGUUCUCAGGAGAGCAAGGUUCCUCCAGCAUAUCAGGUUUAAAAAAGUUCAAAAUGGAUCAUAUGGGGCGGAAUGACAGGCCGCGGUCUUACUGGGAUACAUCUUUUACCCCAAGGACAGACUUUGACUGUCGAUUACUACAUCAACAACAUAUUAGAAGCCUGUCCUUCACCGUAUAAACGUGAAUGAAGCAACAGACAAGCGGAAAUUGUGCAGUUCCAAUCGCCACGUGCAUGACGUUCGUCCAAGACGGGGCGUCAGCACACGCAACCAAGGCCACCCAGGCAUGGUGCCAAAAAAAAACCUGUCAAAUUUUAUAGAGAAAACAUGCUGGCCCCCAAAUUCCCCAGAUAUUAACCCUGUGGAGAAUCUUUGGAGCAUAAGGGAUGAAGUCGUCUAUAAAGACCCAACUCCUAAAACCAUGAAGGAUCUGAAAAGACGGCUCAAACAAGCCUGGAAGAAAAUCCCGCUCUCCACGUCACGCUACAUGACUUUUUAUCCCACUCCAUGCCGCAACGGCUUCGGAACGUGAUAACAAACAAAGGAGGGCAUGCUGGAUAUUGAAUUUUCAAAUAUAUGUACUCAGUAAAGCAAUAAACGUCUUUAAGAAAUUUCAUGCAGAAGUGUAGUUUCGAUCAAAAGUUAUGUCGCAUGUAAUAAGAGGAACGAACUUUUGGGACACCCUGUAGACAAAAAGGUGUCGAUACAAUAAUAGAUUUUUAUUCGCGCAAAAAGUAAUUGUGACGGCUCAAAUUUAUAGUGCAGCAAUAUAAGACAUUGUUUACAAUAAUCUUGAGAAAUAACACUGAGCUGAAUAGGGCUGUACAAUGACAAAAUAUAAGCAAAGCUUUGAAAAGUGUGUAAGUAAAAUUCAAAAGACGCAAGACGCCUUACAAAUUUCGAAGGGAAAUUACCGAAAUUACGUCAUCGAUAAACUCCCGUGUGAGGCAGGUCACGCGCUCUAAUCUAAAUAUUUUUGCCAGCCAAAUUGACACAAAUUAACAAUUUAUCUGUUACAGCCUGACAAAGUUUUUCGCUGCUACUAUACUAAAGUUUCGAAGGAUAGAUCAACCCUCGCUUUUAAAUGAAUGCUCAGGCCACAGUUAAACCCCGUUAAUACAGACACUUGGGGAAGGGGGAGAGGACAUAGAAAGUUUCCUUAUUAACUGGGUGCUCGUUUAAUUAUUUAAGCAAAAAAUACACCUUUUAUUUGAAAAACAUGCUAAAGAAAUAAAACAAGGCAUUAGCAUCGUUAAACUGAGGGAAAGGUUUAUCACAGCACACAGUUCAGUGCGACGAUGAAUUGUCCGCAUUUGCAAGGUUGACAUCUAUGAGGUUCUGUUCAUUGAGCAAGAAACAAGUGUCCGUUGUCCGCAUUAACGCCGGGUGUCCUCAUUAAGCCGAUUUAAUUGAGGGAAAAUGAGUAGAUCGUUUUCACUGUGUCACGAAACAAAAAAAUAAAUUGGAAACCGUCCAGUGGAAGAAGCCAAGAAAAUGAAAUGUUACAAAAGACCAAUAUAUAAACAAUUUUUCCAAGUCCGAGGUCUCUGUGGCCCACAGUUUCUGAGUUAUUUGCCGAAACGUUUCACGCACCUUUAUAAAGCUUUGUAUGGAGACGCCAUAUUGGUGAACGGUUUUGGUGCACCUAUACGGCCGCCGGAAAUAAAAUAAAAAAGUCUGGAGUUCACGUUUUCUAUAAAAGCUCUUUUUUUUCACUCGAGAACUAGCAUAAGUGCGCAUAAACAUAUCUUCUAAUACUUGAAAUGGUUAUUCUGCUGAAAAUCUAGAGACAGCAUUCGUAUUUUGGUGUCACGCAUUCUGAAAAUUGCUGCAUUUUCGAAAUGAAACAUGCAACGGGAAUGGAAACUUGUACAAAGAUUUACUGUUUUUGUUUAUCUUCAACCUAGUGUAAAUAAGAAUUCGUAAAACCUCGCUAUUUUAACUUUACAAUUUGAUGACUUCACUGUGAAAACCAUCUAUUAGGGCGGGCUUUGCCCAGGGACAAAGAACACUGUCCGUAAUAUUUUACUGAGGAAGAAGUUGUGGCAUGACACGUUGUGACUUAUCCUAGACAAUCUGUGAUGAACGGAAGGUCAACAUGAUUUUCUUCCCCUUUCAUAAAAAAAAACAAAAAACAUUUUAACCUGAACAACAUGCAACACUAGUAGUUAAGUAAAAGUUUCAUAACAUUCUGACUACGAUUGUAAAGCAAACGUAGGAGUUACAAACUUGUGAUCAUGUUUCACGAAUUUGCUUUCUGAAAAAGAAAAUGCCAUUUUGAUAUCUUUAAUAUCCCGUAUGUUUUAGUCGCAUACCUUAUUAAAAAUCAGAGAUGAUGAAAUAGAGUUGUUAUGUUUUCACCAAGGCAAAGCCGUAAUGAAAACGAACUUUUACAGACGAGGCAACAAACUGCACCCAAAGCAGAGCAAAUACAAAAGAAACAAAAUAUCAGUCACUGCUCCUACCCGGCAAUUCUAUAUAGGGCUUGUUUUAGUACAUAAUUUGUCCUGUUUCCGAUCCAUCAAUAUCCGGACGCUGGCAUGCCAAGUGGCCACUUCUUCCAAAACCAAAUUUGUAUUUAUAAACGUCGGAACUUGUCUGGUAUAAACCGCCCACAGCAGGGUGAUCACGUUCCGUCCGGGAUAACGUGUAUCAUUCAGCUGAAUCAUCACCAGUCCUAUAUAGUUUUCUUUUCAUAAGUUCGUUCGCUAAGCUGUAAUUUUGAUUGCAAAGGGAGAGUUUAUUAGACCACUUCAAAGAAACCAACCGUCUAGUGGAUUUGGGGUUUGUGGAAGCACUCCAAACACUUCUCAAGUGUUCUUAAAAUUCUUAAAUAGUCUGCGAGCAUGUAGUGGUUUUCCCAUGCCGGACGCCGCUCGCCGGGUAAAUAGUAGACGGAAUAAGAUUUGUUAUUCGGGCUAUUCAUUGUAAGUAUUAUGAUUUGUGCGCUAUCGCGCUAGUGUCGCAGGGCCUUUGCACUAUAUCCCGAAACAAUACUAUGAAUAAAAGCAAUAUAGUAAUAUAUUGUAAAAUUAUAUAUUGUAGAACUUAAGUUUUCUGGACCUUAUCAGGAGUAUGACCAAACUAAGUAAUUUGUGGGCGGCAUUGGGUGGGGCAUUUUUGCUGACUCAUUAGUCAUCACAACACCUCAUCACGGGGGCUUUUGGUAUAAAAGUGAUGGCACAUUGCUAAAAUCUAAUCUGGCAUUGGCAGUUGGCGGUAAGUCAUAAAAGCUUGGUCAUUUUUCAAAUUUUACUUUUGCAUCAAAAACGAAUACAAGACUGAAGGACCGGUAAAAUGAAUGUUACAGAAAUCUUUCGUUUUUUGUUGGUCGCGAAAAUGAUCGCUUUGGCUCUUGGACAUGGAAGGAUGAUGGACCCUGCUAGUAGAAACUCCGCCUGGAGAGUCUUUCCCAAUCGUGCGAAGCAGUACACGGAUAACGAGUUGAAUUGUGGGGGAUUCAGCGCCCAGUGGGAUAAGCAUGGUGGUAAAUGCGGCGUUUGCGGCGACGAAUAUAACAUAGCAAACCCUAAGUACGUCCACCCCGGAUCGUUUGCUAGUGAUGAUUUCACCACCAAGACUUAUAAAGAAGGAGAAACAAUUCAGGUGACAAUAGAGAUCACUGCCAAUCAUAAGGGAUACUUCCGUUUUAGUGUGGGUAAGCUCCAGACACGCCCUAUCAUCCAAGAACAGCUUACACACGUCUUGUUGCAACCCGAUGGUUCGAACACGUGGCAGUUGCAGUCAUCCGCAAAUGGAGAGUAUCUCAUCGAGCUCGUGCUGCCCAAAGGCCUGACAUGUGAUCACUGCGUGCUACAAUGGUGGUGGACAGUGGGAAACAACUGGGGAAAAAAACAAGAAACAUUUGUGAACUGCGCAGACAUCAAGAUUAUACCAGCGGGAGGUCCUGUGCCAACAAAAGAGAAGCCAAGCACGGAAAAGCCUUUAAGCUCCACCGCUACGGCCUUACCCCCUAAGGUACCCUCUACAGGGAGCCCGCAGAAGCCUUCCAUUCGCAGCCCCUCCACUGGAGGACCCUCAAAAGAAGGGUCAACAACUCUCCCUACUACAGCGUCAUCAACAGGAGGAUGUAAGUCCGCGGGAGCAUAUGCCGGUCAACCUGGUAUGGAUCAAUGGUGCGUUACUAACUGUGCAGCGGGAUACUGUCCUGCCUCUCAUUGCGUUUGUAACUAG